UCAGUUGGUGACUAUUUCAUUUGUGAAUAAAGAAUAAUUUUAAAUAAUUAAAUCACUGGAAAAUUAAACCCAUUUUGGUCUAUCAAUAAAAUGUCUGUGAAUUAUCGAAUGCAAUCGCUGCAUUUCAUAAUUACUGUCAUCAUUUUGGUUUAUAUCGAAUUUGUCUAUAGUUCCUGCAUUAAUUGUACGGAAAAUCCAAUGAAAUUCACGGAUAUUGUGUCGCGGAAAAAGAGAUAUCUCAUUUUUCUGCCAGGAUCCACAGUUAUAUGCACACUGUCCGUGGUAAAAGCCGUCGUGUUUACAUCACCAAGUGGACAUAAUAUAGUCAUGGAAGCGGAUUUUAACUAUCCUCUGCCAGAUAAAGUCGUCCUACCACAGAAAAAGCAUCCUAAGCCUGUGGUAUCGAUAACCACGGCAAAACCAACUGUUGGACCUGUUGAUCAUCAUAACGAAUUUGAUUUUUUUGAGCAUUAUGAACCACAAUCACAAAACCAUUUUGUCAAUUUAUUGAGCAACAAUAUACGGAGAAAGAGUGAUAAGGGCAUUUUUCCCUCAAAGUCCAGAUACAAUCAUCUCUAUAGUAAAUACCAGACAUCAUCUAAAAGUAGAAAAAGGAAUAAAUUUCGUGAGAAGAGGCAUUCAGAGUCCUUUAGGAAACCUCUGGAGGACAAUUACCAUCACAAUGGCCAUCGGGAGCGAAGAAAUCUCUACAAGAGCAUCGAAGAAUUUAUAAAUGGUCACAACAUUGGACUAGAUGGUCGUUCGUGCAUUUUAAGAACAAUUUGUGAAGCUCAACAUUGGCUUUUACCUAAAGGAAAAUCACUCUUCCAUGACAUCUUCCGUGUGCUGUUCUCGUUACCGUCCGAAGGACACCCUGAGGACCACUACAAAGCAGCCAUGUCUCAUGAGGAAGAAGACUGUUCUCUAUAUGAGGAAAAAUGCCCAAUAAGCAUAUUGAGCUUUAUUCUAACCAGUGAAAAAAUUAUAUAACUAAUCGACUGUUUAAUAAAAGAUAA